AUGCGGUGGCCAAUAACAACGCUUGAAAAGCAAGCAGAAGUUAUUGUUAAAGUUGCUGUUGGAAAGAGAAAUCAUUCUAAUCCCUUUUCACCAAAGAAUCAACAUUCUUUUAGUCUUUUACCACAGAAUAAACUCGUAUCUCACUCUGCGUAUCUAUCUAUCUAUCUAUCUAUCUAUCUAUCUAUCUAUCUAUAUAACCCAUAUCGACUUAUCAGCGUCUAUUCAUAUCAUCCUGACUGCACAUCUAUCUAUCUAUCUAUCUAUCUAUCUAUCUAUCUAUCUAUCUAUCUAUCUAUCUAUCUAUCUAUCUAUUUCUAUCGAUCUAUGGAUUUGACCACCAAACCAGCCACACUUAAGACAAAUAGCCAUCAAUUCAUUGCUUCUCUCCGCUUUACGUUAUAUAUAUUCUUAUUUUGUUUUGUCUUUUAUGGUGUGGUACUAUAUAUCUAUAUCUAUCUAUCUAUCUAUCUAUCUAUCUAUCUAUCUAUCUAUCUAUCUAUCUAUGUGUUGUUUUAG